AAUUCAUUCGAGGAUGUUUAAUAGUUGUAAUUAAAAAAAAUAAUACCAAACACAAUUCUCCCAUCCCAUCAAUCACACUAAGCCUUGUACCAUACCAGUUAUGGAGAGUGAGAAAAUUGAUUAUUCAUCCCUCCCAAAAGAAAAGUUCCGAGGAGAUGACUAUCUAUGCCAAUGGAAUGGUUUCUGGUUCAGGCAGCCGUUCCUGGAAGCAGCCCACCAAGUCUUGAAUCACUACAAGCCCCUCCCCACUGAUACAGUCUUAGCUUCUUACCCCAAAACAGGCACAACGUGGCUCAAAGCUUUGCUAUAUUCCAUCAUCAAUCGCUCUUCAAGGGAUUCCAUCCUCACCAACCAUCCCCAUAUGCUUGUUCCCACAUUAGAGAUACAGCUAUAUGGGCCAAAAACAGGGUCUUUUGAUUCUUUUGCUGGCACUGCUAAUUCCUCAGCCAGGAUUUUGGCUACUCAUCUGCCUUACCAGGUCAUUUCUGGCACCAUCAAUUCAACAGAUUGUCGGGUUGUUUACAUCACAAGAAAUCCGAAGGACACCCUGGUAUCAUCAUGGCAUUUUUAUCCAAAUUCAAAGGAGGUUAAAGAUCCAUGGUCUCUAGAGGAUGCAGUGGAGAAGUUCUGCAAUGGUGUUGGCAACUGUGGACCUUAUUAUGAUCAUGUUUUAGGGUACUGGAAAGAGAGCUUGGAGAGGCCUAACAAAGUCUUCUUUAUCACUUAUGAAGAACUGAAAAGUGACACCAAGACUCAUGUCAAGAGGCUGGCUGAGUUCUUGGGGUGUCCAUUUGAUGGCGAUGGAAAAGAAGAGGAUGUCCUGGAUGAGAUUGUUAGCAGUUGUAGCUUUGAGAAAAUGAGUAACUAUGAGGCCAAUAAGUCUGAUGAUGGCCAUAUGGGCUGGCUUAAAUUUCCACUCAAUUCUUUCUUUAGACAAGGAGGGACGGGAGAUCACAAGAAUUACUUAACUCCUGAAAUGAUAAACCGUGUUGACAAAAUCACAGCAGAGAAGUUUCAUGGGUCUGGUUUUAUAUAUGGCAUCUAGCAGCUUCAUUGUUGGGAUCUUAUGGAGCGAGUUUCGAAAGAGGGUUUCUUCAACUUCAGCUCUGUUCGAUGCACUUUCCUUAAUUAUAUAUUUAGUUAAUCAUUAUAUAUAUAAAUCCUUCUAUGAUUUAUAAUUCUCUCUUUUUUUUUACUUACCUUUCGAACCCCAACAGUAGCAUGGUGGGGAGGGGUCAAGCAAAGUUUCGACUGAGUCCUAAUCGAAUAUACAGCAUUUGCAUAGAUGAUCAAUGAUAAACCCUAGUUUAUUUGGGUAAAUCCUUGGCAGAAGAGAUUGGAAGCGGCAUUGCAUCCUUCAUCAUGUAAACAUAUGGAGGAGGAUGAACAGAUGCUAGUGAACAUGCGAAGAGUUUGGGCGCUCGCAAUGGAUUGGGUGGAUCGUGGGAAAUAAUUAUUUAACAAGAGCUAAUCACAAUUUCUUUAUAUAAAGUUUGAUAAUUUGCAUU